AACUUAAAGUAAUGAUAUAUUUAAGAGUCACUAAGAAUUUUCUCAUAUCAUAAACUCUUUCUCUCUGAAAAGCUCCACCUCCAUUUCUGAAAAGCUCUGCCUUCCUUCAGUUCUGCCUCAAUCUUUUUGAUCAUUCCGACAUCUUUGAGCACGGUAGUAGUUCAACUCCUUAAAUUAAUACAAAACCAGGGUCCUCUUCUCCUCUCAUUGUAAUGCCUCCUACAUAUUUUCCUCUCCGGUGGGAAAGCACCGGAGACCAAUGGUGGUAUGCUUCUCCGAUUGACUAUGCAGCCGCCAAUGGACAGUAUGACUUGGUCCGAGAGCUCAUCCGCAUCGACAGCAACCACCUCAUCAAGCUCACAUCUCUACGUAGAAUUCGCCGCCUUGAGACUGUUUGGGAUGAUGAAGAGCAGUUCCAUGGUGUAGCCAAGUGUCGUGCACAUGUUGCUCGAAAGCUUUUCCAUGAAUGUGAGUCUAAACAGGGAAAGAACUCCCUCAUUCGAGCUGGUUAUGGUGGAUGGCUCAUUUACACAGCUGCCUCAGCUGGACAGCUUGGUUUUGUCCAAGAGCUGCUUGAGAGAAACCCUCUUCUUGUUUUCGGGGAAGGAGAGUUUGGCGUUACUGAUAUACUGUAUGCUGCUGCUAGGAGCAAGAAUGCUGAGGUUUUCAGGCUGCUGUUUGACUUUGCAGUUUCGCCUCGAUUUUCAGGCAGAGGUGGGGAGUUGGAGGAACACAUUGGGGAGAUUCCUUGUGUUUAUAAGAGGGAGAUGGUUAACAGGGCGGUUCAUGCUGCUGUCAGAGGAGGAAACUUGUUGAUUUUGAAGGAGCUUCUUUCAGAUUGCAAUGAUGUUUUGGCUUAUAGGGAUGUUCAGGGAUCCACUAUUCUACAUGCGGCAGCUGGAAAAGGACGGGUAGAGGUAGUGAAGUACCUUAUAGCCGCAUAUGAUAUCCUAAACUCCAAAGAUGACCAGGGAAACACAGCAUUGCAUGUUGCAGCUUCUAGGGGACAAUUAGCUGCAGUGGAAGCUCUUCUAUCUGCGUCUCCUUCAUCAAUGAUUUCUACAAAAAACAACUCUGGAGAAACAUUUCUCCAUAAGGUUAUAUCUGGCUUCCAAACUCCUGCCUUCCGUAGAUUGGACAGACAGAUUCAUCUCCUGAAGAACUUGGUCUGUGGGAGAGUCUUUGACAUUGAAGAAGUCAUCAAUGCCAAAAACAAUGAAGGCCGGACUGCCCUUCACACAGCAAUCAUUGGCAAUGUUCACUCUGACUUGGUGCAACUUCUGAUGAUGUCUCGAUCAAUUGAUGUCAAUGUCCGGGAUGUAGAUGGCAUGACUGCACUUGAUUACCUCAGGCAAUGGCCUCGUUCUGCAUCCUCGGAUAUACUAAUUAGGCAGUUGAUUUCGGCUGGGGGGAUCUUUGGUUGUCAGGACUAUUACAGUGCAAGAAAAGCCAUUGCUUCACACUUAAAGAUGCAAGGCGAUGGAGGCAGUCCUGGAACAUCGUUUAAAAUCUCCGACACUGAAAUCUUUUUGUAUACGGGAGUUGAAAAUGUACCAGUUGCUAGUGCUGGUCACCAGCACAAGGUUAGUAUAGGAAGCAAUUCAUCUUCACCGGAACUAAAUCCACGCAACACAACUGAUGAGAACCAGAGCUCAAUUAGUACUAAAAAGCCUUCAGGUUCUGUAAACCAUGCAGCACAAAGACUGAAACGGGCAAUAGGGUGGCCCCGGAUCAAAGAGAAGAAGCCUGAAAGAUUCAAGAAAUCAGUAGAUUUUGGCAGCACUACUUCAGAUGAGGCUCCCACACCACUUCGCCAGAGAUUCUCAAAGGCCUCCUCAUCACUUCCCAAUAACAAAAGAACACUCGCAGUGAGGAGUAACCAAUCAAGUCCAACCGCCAAGAAGAAAUUUGCUUCGGGUUUAAGGCAUGGUGUAAUGCAGGCAAUCCCACACAUAACCGUCCCAGGCCGUUCGCGCUCUAGCUCAUUUUCGAAAUCAUCAUCACUCUCUUCACCUAGUUCUCUAGAUAAACAGAAAGGUGUUUGCAUUGACACUGAUGCCACUGGACCAUCUUGGUCCAAUCAAGUAGAUGAUGAUGACACUCCAAAUUUGGGUAAACAAGGCAACCUUAACAGAAGGUUGAGGAGGCAUUACUUCUGUUUUGGGGCAUCAGGCCUAUCUGUGAAGCACCCGGUUAGCAGGCAACAUCAGAACCAAAGCGUCAAGCCUCCUCCUGUUAUUUCAGUGGCUUAAACGAUUGACUAACAUAGAGGAAGAUGAUCAUGUUAGUUCAGCUAGUGGUGCUACUAGUACUACUUUUUUCUGUUUAUUUUUCUCUAGUAUUUUAUGGUAUGUUUGCUUGUUUUAACCUGUUAGUUAAAACUUAAAACCGGCCAAGUUAAUGCACUUUUCCAAAAGUAGUUAGGAUCUAUCUUUCAUGUGUGAACUUCCUUACUCUUUCCUGGAGAAUAAAGAAUAAGAGCAGAGAAGAGGAAUCCAUGAAUA